AAGUCGGAGUUUCCGGGGCGUGUCCACCGCUGCUGCUCCAACAACAACAACAGCUACAACCGCCACCUCAAUCCAGAUUAACGUCAUCUGAACCGGAUUAGCUUCAACUGAGUCUGUUAAACUUCGCUGCGUCAUCGGGGUUUACUCGGUUUUUACUCGGGUUUACUCGGGUUUACUCGGAUUAACUCUGCGUGAGGAAAAACCGUCCGGCCGUUUGCUGCUGCUACUGUUGUUUUGGUAGAAGCUAACAGGCUAACGCUGAAGCUAACGCUCGCCAGCUGAUCCCGGUACCUGGACGCGAUCGCAGAGUGACGUCAGCGGCACUAAGGGCAGAGUUUUCGUGUUGAAAUUCACAUCCUCGUGGGCUCCAACAGGUAGGUAGAGUUGCGCGUGACUGCGCGUGGACAUGGGGAACAGCGCGCUCAAGUCUCACCUGGAGACAUCGCAGAAGACCGGAGUGUUCCAGCUGACAGGGAAAGGUCUGCAGGAGGUUCCAGAGGAGCUGCAGAGACUGACCUCUAACCUGAGGACUGUGGACCUGUCGGGGAACCGGAUCGAGGUCCUUCCUGUCUCCAUCGGAAACUUCCUGCAGCUCAAGAGUUUGACGUUGAACUGUAACAGACUGACCAGUGUCCCCAGUGAGAUCGGGAAGCUGAAGAAACUGGAGACACUGAGUCUGAACGGGAACCGGAUCCAGCAGCUGCCCUCUGCUCUGGGUCAGCUCAAAUCCCUGAGGACCCUCAGCCUGGCUGGGAACCAGAUCGCAGAGUUCCCCUCUGGACUCUCGACCCUGAGACAGCUGGACCUGCUGGAUCUGUCCAGGAACCAGAUCCACAUUGUCCCUCCAGAGGUGUCCGAGCUGCAGGCCAUCGAGAUCAACCUCAACCAGAACCAGAUCUCGGUUGUGUCAGCGGAGGUGUCUCUGUGUCCACGUCUGAAGGUUCUCCGUCUGGAGGAAAACUGUCUGGAUCUGACGUCCAUCCCUGAGUCCAUCCUGAAAGAGUCCCAGGUGUCCCUGUUCUCUGUGGAGGGAAACCUGUUUGAGGUCAAGCAGCUCCGAGACCUGGACGGAUACGACAAGUACAUGGAGCGUUUCACAGCCACUAAGAAGAAGUUCACCUGAAGACUCCCAGAUAUCAGUGCACUUCCUGGAGGUGGGGUUAUAAGGCUCCUCCCACUCAGCUUCUUCUUGUUCUGAUGUCACAGCUGGCUCUGCCCCCGUCACAUGGUGUGAGGACGUUAAACCAAUCCCAGGUAACGACAGGAUCACAUGGACAAACAGAAGAUGUCUCAUGGAGGACGAGGACGAGCAGAGACGUCGUCUCCGUAUAUUAGCAAUAGUGUUAUGACAACUUCCUGUGAUGUCACUGAUUGUUUCUGUUCUUUUUAUUUAUAAAGUUUGCCACAGGUUUGGGACCCCGCCCUUGGCCCUGCCCAUACUGUUAAAGGCGGAGUCACAGAGAAAA